ACAAAUGUCGUGAACAACAAUAACACGUUAAUGAUGAUGUUUGUUUAGUUUAAUUUAGUUUAGUCGGGUGUUACAUGAUGCGUGUCAAAAGUAUGUGAGUGUGAUAAAAGAAAGAAAGUUAGAAAGAAAACCAAGGUGGCCACAUAAACUCCAUACAACUCUUUCUUUUACUUUCUCUCCCAUCAAUCUUCAUUUUAUAUAUCAAACAUAAAUAUCAUAUGAAUUCAUAAAUAUAAAUAUAAAUAUACAUAAAUAAAGAGGCUGGAAGAGAUAAUAAAAGGAAUAUGUGGCUGUUCGGGAAAGCAGGUCCUUCUGGAUUUUCAAAACAUUCAACAGCUGAACAAGUUACAGAUGGAAUUGAUGCUUCUGGCCUUACUGCCAUUGUUACUGGAGGAUCAAGUGGCAUUGGCCGUGAAACUGCACGAGUCCUAGCCCUUCGUGGGGCACAUGUUGUCAUGGGUGUCCGGAAUAUGGUUGCUGGGAAACAGGUUCAAGAGGCAAUAGUCAAAGAAAUCCCAACAGCCAAAGUUGAAGCGAUGGAGUUGGAUCUUAGUUCCAUGACAUCUGUUAGGAAUUUCGCCUCCAACUUCAAUGCAAGUGGUCAACCAUUAAACUUGUUAAUAAAUAAUGCAGGUAUUAUGAUGACUCCUUUCAUGCUUUCUAAAGAUAACCUAGAACUACAGUUUGCCACCAACCAUUUAGGUCACUUUCUUCUUACCCAGCUGUUGCUUGAUAAUAUGAAGAAAACAGCCAGUAAGAGUAAAAAAGAGGGAAGGAUUGUGAAUGUAUCAUCAGAGGCUCAUAAAUUUUCUUAUCCUGAAGGAAUUCGGUUCGAUAAAAUAAAUGAUGAAAAACAUUACAAUAAAUAUCAAGCAUAUGGUCAAUCAAAGCUAGCCAACAUUUUGCAUGCUAAUGAGCUCACAAGACAACUACAGGAAGAGGGAGUUGAAAUAACUGCAAAUUCUCUUCAUCCGGGAGUAAUUUCAACAAAUUUGUUUCGCCACAUUUUUACUCCUCCCAGCUUUGCUGAAGGUUUUGUUAAGAAGCUGAGCAGUUGUCUAAUGAAAAAUGUUGAGCAGGGGGCAGCAACAACAUGCUAUGUAGCACUGCACCCGCAAGUGAAAGGGGUAAGUGGUGAAUACUUUUUGGAUAGCAACUUGGCAAAAACGACAAAGCUGGGUAAAGACGUUGGUUUGGCUAAGAGAUUGUGGGAUUUUAGCAUGAAUUCAAUCAAGUAAACAUCAUCAUUUGCAGCUUAUAGGGAUCCUCCUUUUUUCAAUGUAGAUAUUUACUUGACUUCUAUGCAAACCCGAUAGACUUUUUUGUCUUGCUAUAUAAGUGAAUAAGAAAACAGUUUUAACUA